GCGUGGUGCGACUUAGUGGGCCGGUCCAGUCCGGGGGACACGGCGAGCAAUAUGACUAAAAAGAAGCGGGAGAAUCUGGGCGUCGCUCAGGAGAUUGAUGGCCUAGAGGAGAAGCUGUCUCAGUGUCGGAAGGACCUGGAGGCUGUGACCUCCCGGCUCUACAGGGCAGAACUGAGUCCUGAGGACAGGAGGUCUCUGGAGAAGGAGAAAACCAUCCUCAUGAGCAAAGCCUCCAAGUAUGAGAAGGAGCUAAAGCUGCUUCGCCAAGAGAAUCGGAAGAACAUGUUACUCUCGGUGGCCAUCUUCAUCCUCCUCGCCCUACUCUAUGCCCACUGGACUAUGUGAGUCAGCCACCCUCAGCCAUGCGGUCUCCCUUCCACUCACCAGGGACCAAGCAACCUUUCAAGCACAAGACGGAGGUGGGGGCCUUUCCCCCUCUGGUUGCCCAGCGGCUGUAGCAGAAGGGCAUGGUAGUAGAGGGGCAAUAAAGAGCCCCACGCUGUGCUGUC